GAUAUUCCCGUAUCAGAAACCCUUUUAGACACCGCAUUCUCGCCUCUUUCUUGGGAUUUUGUAAUCAUUGGAGGACUAUAAAGUUUUGACACAUGAGAUUGACAUUUCUCUGUCUUUUUUUUGUUCUCAUUCCACGCUUGCUCUUGAUCAUAUGAUAUCCACUUAUGUCACACACAGCAUUUCUUAUUGGCCCUAAAAGACAAGUUACAAUGAUGCUUGACCCAGUCCGCAUAUAUGCUACAGCAAUAUAUAUUGCUAGCAUCAUAAUUGCUCUUUUUUGUGCUGUAUAUGUCCGGAACAAGCUAUUGACGCUUCUAGCAAUUGUUCUGGAGUUUGGUGCUCUUAUUUGGUAUAGUGCAAGCUACAUUCCCUUUGCGAGGGCCAUGGUUUCAAAACUUAUGUUAGCAUGCUUCGACACUGAGUUCUGAGGCACGGCAGUCCCUACAACAAGCUCACAACUUGCAGCUACAGAAUGGAUGGGGAGCCAAGUGGUUCACUGGAGAAAUGGAACUUGUUGAGGUUGUUCUGAUAACUCUUUGCCAAAGUAUAAUGUAAUGGGGUGAUUAGCAUUUUUAAUAACCAAAUCGAAUGUUUUGAUCAACUUAAUUAUUUUGGUUGAGGUCCACUUUUAAUCAAUGUUAUUCUGGUCGUAUAAUGAUCUCCUUCCUUGUUUGCUGCUUAUUUGAAAUACAAAGUAAAAUCUUUGAACA